AUGGAAAACAACGGCGAACAAGCAUUCCAAUCCCAAAUUUACAAUUCGAAUGCGCCACCAUCCAUGGAUAUCUGCGUUCACGAUCUAAUUCAAAAGCGUGGUACCGCACAGCCCGAAGCCGCCGCGAUCGAUGCUUGGAACAGCCAUUUGACAUACGCGGAGCUCAAUACCCUCUCGUCGUCUUUCGCGGCUUAUCUGGCUAGCCAUGGGGUCGGCCCUGAAGUCUUUGUGCCUCUCUGUCUGGAGAGGUCGAGUUGGGUCCCAAUGGCUAUGCUUGGGGUUUUGAAAGCCGGCGGUGCCUUUGUGCUUCUAGACGCCUCGCAUCCAAUUCAACGGAUGAAGGAAGUCUGCUCCGCAGUCGAGGCAACCGUGGUAGUUACGUCGAAGGGAAAUGCAGCGAACAUGGCCAAGCUGGGCCUCAAGAUGAUCUUGAUAGACGAUAUGGUUGUCUGGUCGAAAGAAAACAAUAGUUUUAAAGCGACGGUGAAGCCUAACAAUGCUGCCUAUGUAAUGUUUACGUCGGGCACGACUGGAAAGCCUAAAGGGGUCAUCCUCGAGCAUCGGUCGUACUCGACGAGUGCCCUGGCCCACAGCAGCGCCACGGACAUGCAUUCCGGCUCACGAGUCUUGCACUUUGCGUCAUAUGCUUUCGAUGGUUCUAUAAUUGAGAUCCUAACGACGUUAAUCGUGGGAGGUUGUGUGUGCAUUCCGUCUGAGGCAGACCGAAAACGUGAUCUGGCUGGAGCCUCGCGCCGACUAGGCGUAACGUGGGCGGUUUUGACUCCAUCGCUUACCCGAGUGCUUGAGGUUCACGACUUUCCAACGCUGAAGACAUUAGUCUUUGGUGGGGAGGCAGUACAGGUGGAGGAUGUACAGAAGUGGUCUAACCACGUUAAGUUAUUUCAAGGCUACGGCCCAACCGAAUGUGCGGUGGUCUCCAUGGUGAGGCGGCACGAGGUAGGUGAUAUCGACGUCGAUGCCACCAACAUUGGCCGAGGCGUUGGGGUAACCUGUUGGGUGGUUGAUCCGGAUGACCACAAUCAAUUAUGCCCGGCUGGCAUGACGGGAGAGCUACUGCUAGAUGGUCCUUCGGUCGGCCGUGGUUACAUUAAUGAUCAGGCUCGAACGGCAGCAGCGUUCAUAGAUCCACCCGCGUGGCACCGCCAGCUCCGGCCGAAUACCAUUGCUAGAUUGUACAAGACGGGUGAUUUGGUUCGUGCCGAGAAUCGGACCAUUCGAUACGUGGGCCGCAAAGACACCCAGGUCAAGCUGAAAGGGCAGCGCCUGGAGUUGGGUGAGGUGGAAGCGCAUAUACGACGCUGUUUUGACGGCGUUUGUAUUCAAAACGUCGUGGUCGAGUUGAUCACGCUGGCGGACAAGACGAAUUCGCAAAUUCUAAUGGCCUUCAUCUUGGCGGAACGUGAAAACACAAGUGGUAGACAAGCCGAAACCUUGACUGCGAGCGGAAUAUCGACAUACGAAGACAAGCAAUGGAUUAUGGCGCCAAGUGAGCAGUUCCAAGCUCAGGUACAGUUGGUGAAGACAAAAUUACAAGAUCUGGUCCCUCAAUACAUGGUUCCUAUGGUCUUUCUCCCUCUCCAAUCAAUGCCUUUGAUGGUCAGUGGGAAGAGCGAUCGUCGACGGUUGCGCUCUCUAGCUGCACACCUGACAAGGCAGGAGUUGGAAGCUUAUAUACGCGCCGAUGCUUCUCUAAACAAACGACAACCUUUCAGCCCCAUAGAACGGUGGAUUCAGCGACUCUGGGCGGAGGUUUUGCAGAUCCCUCCAAGCCAUAUAGGACAGGUUGAUAGCUUCCUGGGACUCGGUGGGGAUUCGAUGGCCGCUAUAAAGCUCGCCGGCCUUGCUCGACGGCAAGGAUUGGCGUUGACGGUCGGCCAUAUAUACGACCAUGAAACUCUCAUCGAGAUGGCUGCGGCGAUUUCCACCCAGACGUUAGAUUCUGCGAAUAUUGCGUCGUUUUCACUGCUUUCGGAGCCAGAUGGCCGGGAUGCAAUGAUUGACUUAGCUAUGCGGCAAUGCCAGCUGAGUGAUGCCGGUGAGAUCGAGGACCUGUAUCCCUGCACCCCUCUUCAAGAAGGACUCAUGGCACUCACAGCCAAAAGACCAGGCGCGUACACAGUCGCCACAGAGGCCUGGGACGAGGUUUCCGAAGCCAAUCCAAUUCUGAGGACCCGCAUCAUACAGGCAGGUAGUGGAUCGAUGUAUCAAGCCGUCAUUUGUGGAGUUCUGCCCUGGGAAUACUUCGACAACCACGGACCAGACAUGACGAAGUGGCAAGACUGGCAGGUGGGUCAACGGCUGGUUCGACUUUAUAUGAACCAGCGGCUAUCUACCACCGAGCCGUUUCGCUUUAUUCUGGUUCUUCAUCACGCCAUCAGCGAUGGCUGGGCGAUGCCAUUACUGUUGGAGCAGGUGGAAGCGGCAUAUAAGGGGACGAGUCUCUUGUCUCGACCGUUCAAUGGCUUCAUCAAGUACAUAUUGCAGAUUCGCAAUGAAGACGAAGCAUUUUGGAAGAUGCAGUUUGCUGACUUAAAUGCCGCCAUAUUUCCUGUAGUACCAUCGCCGGGGUAUGUCCCUAAUCCGACAAUAAAAAAGAAGUGUGUCAUCGCAACAGAUCCAACUGCGGGUGUCUUCACCAUUUCCAACAAGAUCAAACUGGCUUGGGCCAUCCUUUUGGCCCUCUAUACGGAAAGUCCCGAUGUCGUCUUUGGCACCAUCUCCACCGGUCGUGGUGCUCCGGUGCUGGGAGUCGAGGAGAUGACUGCUCCUACCACUGCAGCAAUCCCAGUUCGUCUGCGCCUAAAUCCCGACGACACCAUUGCCGAAGCACUUGGCAACGUCCAGGAGAAUUUCAUCGCUACCAUUCCGUUCGAGCAGUCAGGCUUGCAGCAUAUCAAGCGUAUGGGAUUGGAAACGGAGGCCGCCUGCCAGUUCCAAAGCUUGCUGGUAAUUCAACCGGAGGAAGGGAGCCUUCCAAGCAUGUUUUCCAAAUUCAAAGAUUUGUCUGAGCUGUCCGCUUUCAGUACCUAUGGCAUCACAUUGAUUUGCCAGCCGUCGGGCAGUUCGGUCGAGGUUGAGGCGACCUUUGACCAGCAAUUAAUCGGCGAGAUUCAGUUGAGCCGAAUGCUGCAUCAGCUACAACAUCUCUUUCAGCAAAUGACUCCCUCUCAAAGUAACCUGCCCAUACGAGAUCUCAACAAGAUUAGCUCACAUGAUUGGUCCGAGUUGACUCUUUGGAAUGGAGACCUCACCCCGCGAGUCUACUCAUGUGCCCAUGAACUCAUUCAAAAGCAAUGCUGGGCCCAGCCCAGUUCGCCGGCAGUUUGUGCCUGGGAUGGGGAGUUUACCUAUGGUGAACUAGACCAGCUCUCAUCCGACUUGGCCGUGUAUCUCAUAGACCAAGGCUUUAACCCGGGACUUUUUAUAUCUCUUUGCUUCGAAAAGUCGCGUUGGACUACUGUUGCUAUGCUAGGUGUAAGCAAAGCGGGGGGGGCUUUCAUCCUCCUUGACCCCUCGCACCCAACCCUCCGCCUACAAGGGAUAUGCCAGGACGCAAACGCGCAAUUUGUCAUCUCGUCGGAACGGAAUGCGAUUUUGGCGGGGAGUCUUGCAAAGAGAUCAAUACUUUUAGGCAAUCAUCAGAGACCCACUUCUCAUAAGAACGCCUCUUCGCGAUCGCUGCCCACUGUCAAUCCAGAAGCCCCAGUCUAUGCUGUAUUUACAUCUGGAUCGACUGGGAAGCCGAAGGGGGCGGUCAUAUCUCAUAUGUCCUGGUGCACGAGUGCAGAGGCCAAUCGCAUCGGUCUCUUUCUAGACACUAGCUCGAGAGUCUUACAAUUUGCCUCUUAUGCCUUUGAUAUUAGUAUUGCCGAUAACUUCCUUACCUUGGUAGCUGGGGGUUGCAUCUGCGUCCCCUCCGAGCAAGACCGGCAAGGGAAUAUUAUCGAAUCCAUCAACACCCUAAAGGCUAACUGGGCGUGCAUAACCCCAUCCGUUGCUCGUAUGAUUGCCCCAGAGAAGGUGUCUUUAAAAACACUAGUCCUAUGUGGCGAACCAAUCGCCGCCGAGGACAUCCUUUUAUGGUGCCCGCACACUCAUCUCCUGAACCUGUAUGGGCCUGCGGAGUGCGCGAUUCUCAGUACGCUGAACAGGAAUGUACGCGAUCCGAAAGAUCCUAAUGAUAUUGGAUGUCCUACUAGUGCUGUAGGCUGGGUGGUGGAUGGUAACGAUAAUUUGGCACCAAUUGGUACUAUUGGCGAGCUCUGGAUCGAGAGCCCGAUUGUUGGAUAUGGCUAUCUCAAUGACCGUAAAAGAACAGCAGCGUCUUUUAUCCCAGCAGAUGAACACCCUCCAUGGCUCACUCAAUUUCGACCCGGAGGAGUUGAACGGUUAUAUCGGACGGGCGAUCUUGUCCAGUAUACCGCAAAUGGUUCCCUCCGCUAUAUGGGCCGUAAAGACACCCAGAUCAAACUUCGCGGGCAGCGUAUCGAAUUAAGUGAGGUUGAGCAUCACCUUCGCCAAUGCUUUCCAGGCGUACAAGACGCUGUCGCUGAGGUAGUAGUAACUACUAAAGAAGGCAGUCGACCAAUCUUAAUGGCGUUCAUUAUGCUGGAACCAGAGGUGUUCAAGAUAACAGAUGAACGUUUCAAUGCAAAAGUCAACGAAGCACUUGAAAAACUAGAGGAAAUUCUGCCAAGAUACAUGAUCCCGACAGUGUUCAUCCCCCUGAACACUGUUCCUCUCAGCAAAUCCGGCAAAGUGGACCGUAGACUACUCCGGAGUCUAGGCGCAGAGCACUCUAGACACCAGACGAGCGCGACUAGUACCAUCUCUAAUGUGAAGAGAGGGCCAGUUACUGAAGUUCAACGCCUUCUAUAUGCAUUGUUCGUCGAAGUUAUCAAAAUCUCAACAGACGAACUCAGUAUCGAUAAUAAUUUUUUCCGCCUUGGUGGCGACUCGAUUGUGGCCAUGAACCUUGUGGCUCGAGGUAGAGACAACGGAUUGCUUUUCACCGUCGCUGAUAUCUUUGAUCAUCCCACAAUUGUAUCUCUUGCGGAAAAGACGCAGAGACUUGUCAGUAAACCGGAGCUACAAACCCGACCAUUUGCUCUCGUAGGAGACGGGCCUAGUGUGGAAGAGGUCCUCGAGUGCGGUAUCGAUCAAUGUCAAGUAGAUAGAGAUGAGAUCGAUGAUAUUUAUCCUUGCACACCUCUGCAGGAAGGGUUGAUGGCACUAGCAAUCAAGACGGCAGGGAUGUACAUCGGUCGAUUCGAGUAUCUGCUUCCGCAAAGUAUUGAUUUGAAGCGUUUCCAGCAAGCCUGGGAUGCAGUUUGUACUGAAAAUUCAAUACUUCGAACACGAAUAAUCCAGUCAACCAAAUAUGGAACCCUCCAGGUGGUUUUGAGCAAACUACCUCCAUGGGAGAUAUACAACAGCCUUGAAGAGGAAAUGAGUCAAUCUACCAGGAGAGUCAUGAGCCUGGGUCAACCCUUAAUGCACCUAGCCUUAGUGCUCUCCCCGGAGGGAAAGAAAACUCGAUUCGUUUGGAGCAUCCACCACGCAUUGUACGAUGGAUGGUCAUUGCCGCUGCUGUGGGUCCAGGUGAAGGAAGCAUACGAACACAAGCUAUUAAAACCCCAGUACUUCAACCGCUUUAUUCAGUACCUCGCUGAUGUUGAUGGCGGCGACCGUUUCUGGACCUCCCAAUUGAGUAAUCUACAGGCGGCCGUCUUUCCAUCAUUGACCCAUUCCGAUUACAGCCCCGACCCAAACCAUUCAUUUACUCACACUAUAACCAGUCUCCCGAGCCACAAUAAAGAGUAUACCCUGUCCAACGUGCUCCAACUCGCGUGGGCAUUAGUACUCGCACAUUAUACGGACUCAGACGAUAUAGUAUUUGGGCUCACUGUAAAUGGGCGAACUGCUCCUAUAGGAGGUAUCGCGGAGGUGACGGGGCCGACUAUCGCGACAGUACCCCUGCGAGUGUCUCUAAACCAGGUGAAGACCGUAGGCGACACUUUGUCGGAACUGCAGCGACAAGGGACCAGAAUGAUCCCAUUCUUACAAUACGGAUUGCAAAACAUACGCAAGCUCAGCACCGAUGCCGCCAAAGCGUGUGAAUUCCAGACUCAGUUGGUCAUUCAGCCUUCAAGCAUCAUGGAAGACGAAACCCUUGGCUGGCUCGGAAAGGCGGAUCAAGGAAGCGUCCAGGGAUAUGAGGACUUCGCUAGUUACGCGUUCGCAAUGUUCUGUCAUAUGAAUGACGAUUCUAGCGAUCUCCAGAUCACGGUGACUUACAAUUCAUCUAUCAUCCAGGACACCGAGGCUCAAAGACUAGUUCAGCAGUUCGAGGCUGUCGUCUGCCAGCUCUCGACAAAGCCACAUGACGCUAUCCGAGAUAUCCAAGUGGUUAGUGCUAAAGAUUUGACUCAGUUGGCCGAGUGGAAUGGACAAGUCCCAUCUGCAACUCAAGAAACGCUUCAUAAUCUCGUUCUCCGCCGAACUACCAGCCAGCCGGAUGCAGAAGCUGUUUGCGCUUGGGACGGUGUAUUAACAUACCGGGAACUAGGCGACUACUCCGCCCGUUUAGCAAAGCAUCUCCUGACUCUAGGUAUUUCACCCGAGUCGAGAGUCGCAGUGUGCUUGGAAAAGUCUCGAUGGUCAAUCAUAGCAUUGAUUGCAGUCCUCCGCGCAGGUGCAGCGUGCGUUCUCAUUGACCCAGGUCACCCACGCCAGAGAAUUGAACAGAUCAUCAAAAGUUCCACACCACAGCUACUGCUGGCAUCAAAAAUACAUGCCAAUGUUGUUCGAGGUCUCUACAGCAAAGUUGUCCUGACUGGGAAAGACCAUAUUCUCGGCCUGCCAUUUCUCAGCUCUGACCUGCAAAGUGUGAUGCCUAGCCAAGCUGCAUUCAUCCUGUUUACCUCUGGUAGCACUGGCACACCAAAGGGUGUCAUCAUGGAACAUGUCAAUCUGGGAACGAGCAUUCUAGCUCAUAGCGACGCUCUAAACCUCAGCUCCGCUGCAAGAUCCUUACAUUUCGCUUCAUACGCGUUCGAUAUAAGUAUUUAUGAAGUUUUUAGUACAUUAGUCUGUGGUGGCUGUGUCUGCGUUCCCUCUGAAUAUGAUCGAAUGAACAAUCUAGUUGGUGCCAUUCGCCAAUUAAGAAUUAAUUGGGCCUUCCUAACACCCUCCACACUGGGUCUCUUUGCGCCGGAAGAUGUUCCCUCGCUAAACACGAUUGCACUCGGAGGCGAAGCGGUCAAUGGCGAGGUGGUGGACAAGUGGGCUAAUAAAUUGACGCUCAUCAAUGCCUACGGGCCUGCGGAGGGUACUUGCUGCACUGCUGGGCCUAUUCCAUCGACGGGGUGGCGAACAGGAACAAUCGGAAAAAUGCUAGGCAGCGUUGGGUGGAUUACGAGUCCCUCUGACUCGUCAAAGCUGGCGGCGAUUGGUUCCGUCGGAGAACUAAUCAUCGAGGGCUCUGUCGUGACAAGGGGAUAUUUGGGCGAGCCUGAGAAGACAGCUGCUGCUUAUAUCAACAGACCUGCCUGGCUGCGAAAUUUUCGUGCAGAAGGCGAUUUAAGCCGACUUUACAAGACUGGUGAUCUCGUGCAAUAUAAUUCAGAUGGCACUAUACGUUAUGUCGGUCGGAAGGACACGCAGGUGAAACUCCGUGGACAGCGCAUUGAACUAGGGGAAGUCGAGUACCACAUCCAAAAGUGCUUCCCUAAUGCGACCGAAGUCAUUGCAGAAAUAGUAGUCCCAAAAACAGACGGAAGCUCCCCGCUGCUAGUCGCUUGUAUCUGGCUAGAUACCGUCAAGAAUAUUGCUUGCGAUAUAGUGGCAUCAAAUGAGUUGAAGGAAUUAUUUGUCCUGCCAGACGAAUCUUUCUUUUCAACCUCCCAAGACGCAGAGACCAGUCUCCUAGCUUCCAUCCCUGCCUACAUGGUGCCAGGGCUGUUUCUUCCUCUGCGACAACUGCCAAUGACACGGAACGGCAAAAUCGACCGGCGACGGCUAAGGGAGGCUUGCAGUUCUUUGAUGACCGACCGGAUUAAUGAGUAUACAGGACGAACCAAGGCAGUGAAACGAGCCCCUUCUACGAGCACUGAGCGGAUGCUCCACAGUAUAUGGGCACGCGUGCUGAAUCGACAGCCUCAGUCAUUUGGAGUUGACGAUAGCUUUUUCCGAUUGGGGGGCGAUUCCAUCAGCGCCAUGCAAGUUGUCGCCCAUUCUACGUCUGCUGGACUUCGGAGCUCUGUUGCUGCCAUCUUCCAGGCCAAGACUAUUGCGCGAAUUAGUAUUCGGACGGAACAGAUGCAAGAUACCGUCGAAUGGAAAGCUGAAAAGUUGAAUAUACCUUUUGACCUAUCCCCAAUUCAACGCAUGUUCUUCGAGACUGCUGCGGAAAACUAUCAUCAUUUCAAUCAAAGCCUAUUCUUCCGACUCACCAAUCGAGUGUCGUCGGAGAAGAUGGAGUCGGCUAUUAGGCGUGUUGUCACGUGCCAUGCGAUGCUCCGUGCGAGGUUCACGCAGCAGCAGCAGCCACAGCCGCGCGCUUGGACACAAAUGAUAACCGAUGACAUUGAUCACAGCUACAGCUUUCAAAGCCACCGGCUAACAUCCCUCGACUCAGCGGCUACUCUAGUCUCUUCUAGGCGACAGACUCUAGAUAUCGAGAAGGGGCCGCUUCUAGUUUGUGAUCUAGUCCAGGUGGAUCAAAAUGGGCAGUUCUUCCUCUCCCUUAUUGCACACCACUUGGUCGUUGACACUGUCUCGUGGCAAAUCAUCAUUGCUGAUAUUGAGGCACUACUCACUACGAGAGACGCCCCGCGGACGCCCACUCUUUCUUUCCAGACCUGGACCCAGCUCCUGGCCGAAUACACGGCAACAAACCUCCCUCCCGCUAAGGCUCUACCCAACUUUACCCACACUCCCUUGGAUGACUACUGGGGCGUUUAUGGCCAGCCAAAUACAUGGGGGGACGCCUCAGAAGAGGUGUUUAGUCUCUCCGAGCAUGUCACCCAAAGCCUUCUCGGCCGAGCAAACGACGCAUUUCAGACCCAGCCCGUAGAGCUACUGCAUGCAGCUGUCCUGCAAUCAUUCCGUCAGAUAUUUACCGAUCGGCCGACACCUGUCAUCUUCAAUGAGGGACACGGUCGAGAGCCAUGGGAUUCGAGAAUUGAUCUUACUCGUAGCGUUGGUUGGUUUACAACUUUUUGGCCAAUCGAUAUCCAGAUCCAGCCAGAGGAUGACGUCCUAGAAAUCGCGAGAAGGGUCAAAGACGGGCGACGACGAGUGUCUGGAAGCGGUUGGCGUUAUUUUGCUUCUCGAUACCUUCAUCAAGAUGGUGUUGCAGCCUUUGGGACAGCCGAUCCCCUAGAAAUUUCGUUCAACUAUCAUCCCGGCCUUUCUCAACACUCGGCAUCACUCCUACAAUAUUCCCCAAUCACAAAAGGCGAGCUCCUUAAUAUGCCCCAGAAGAUGCCACGAUUUGCAUUGAUAGAUGUCCUGGCGGACGUUAGUGAUUCGCGCCUGUCUUUUACUUUCAUUUUCAAUCGUUUGAUGCGUUACCAAUCAGCAAUUCGCAAGUGGAUCCAAAAUUGCAAGUUGUGUCUUGAACACACAGCGUUAGAAUUGAUUCAAAAAUCUACCGUUUUCACUCUGUCCGACUUCCCCCUGUUGUCAUAUUCGUAUCCCGAACUAGAUGCGUUCGUCAAUCAGGUUAUUUCGCCGCUUGAAACCGAUAACCUAGAAGUCGAAGAUGCGUAUCCAUGCACACCAAUACAAGAAGGGAUGUUGCUUAGCCAGGCAAAAGAUCCCGCCCAAUAUUUCAACAAGUGGUACUUGGGGUUCCAUGCCCGGAAUGGAUCCGCCGUGGAUCCGGCGCGACUCAUGCGCGCCUGGCAGCAAGUUCUACACAGACAUCCUUUGCUGCGCACUGUGUUCUUUGACAGUCCUUCUCAGAACAGCUCCCAGGACCAGCUCGUCUUGAAAAAGGCACCUUCAGAAUUUUGCGUCAUUUUACCCAACGAUAAUGACCCGUUAGAACGACUUCUAGAGCAUCAGCCCUUUGCAAUUCGAUACUUGAGACCUCACAAUAGACUUGUGAUAUGUGGGUCAUCUACAGGGAAAACGAUUCUUUUGCGUGACUUGGGAUUUGCAUACGAUGAUCAGCUUGACCCAACCCCAAGGACAGCAUAUCGGGAAUACGUGGAAUUCAUUCAUCACCAAUCCAUGGGUGAUGCCCGCAAAUAUUGGGAAGACUACCUCAGGGCCGCUGAACCUUGCUUUUUGCAAAAAUCACCAGUGCGUCAGCUUGUAGGUGCCCCUAUACAGCGAAGAGAAUUUCAUUUCGCACUGUCUUCCCAACAGUCGCUUCGUGAAUUCUGUUCUAGAUUCGAGUUGACAAUGGCGAAUGUAUUUCAAUUGGGAUGGGCGCUGGUACUUCGAGAUUACCUCAAUCAGUUCGAUGUCUGUUUUGGUUAUAUGACAUCUGGAAGAGAUGCCGCUAUCCCGGAUAUUGACAAUGCUGUUGGCCCUUUCAUUAACAUGUUAGUUUGCCGUAUUUCCCCUUGCGGAGGAGAACAAGUUUUGGAUCUGCUGCGAAGGAACCAGGCCGAAUUCGUGCAGAGCUUGACGCAUCAACAUCUAUCUCUAGCAGAGAAGAUAAAAGGCGCAAGGCCAUCUGAAAUGGUCUUAUUCAAUACUAUCAUGUCUGUGCAGAAAGAGUUAGAGUGCCCUCCGAAUGCAUCUACUCUUGAUUUUGACGAAUUAAGGGGAGAAAAUCCUACUGAGUAUGAUCUCAGUGUCAAUAUUGGACUUUUAAAAGAUGACAUUGACAUUGCCCUAGAGUACACAACAGCCUUCCUCUCUGAAGAGCAGGCCCAAAAUCUGGGAGAUGCGUUCGAGCAGGCCUUGUUGAGUAUUAUGUCAGGACCCCGACUAAUUGUCUCGGAGCUGAAUACAUUCGGCGCUUUGAGUAAACGACGUGUGGGCAAUUACAAUGUGCAAGUACCAAUACCGGUUGAGGAGUGUGUCCACGAUCUUAUCCACAAGCGCUGCCUGGCUCAGCCAUCUGCUCCUGCUGUUUGUGCCUGGGAUGGAGACUUCACGUAUGCUCAGCUCGAUGAAAUGUCGUCUGUUCUCGCUACCGAGCUCAAGAACCGAGGAGUGGGACCUGACAUUUUUGUUCCACUCUGCUUUGAGAAAUCCCGAUGGACCCCUAUAGCCCUGCUUGGAAUACUCAAAGCUGGCGGCGCGUCCGUUUUCUUAGACCCAUCCCAUCCAUUACAGCGACUACAAAGUAUCUGCCAAGACACAGCAGCCUCGCUUAUGCUCACUUCCGAACACAACCAGGAUCUUGCUGCCACGGUAGGGCCAGAAGUGGUCGUUUUGGGGGGUCAAAGUACGAUGUGGAGUCCUAAGGGUGUGACUAAACUUAUUAGCACAUCAAAGCCGAGCAAUGCGCUGUUCGCUGUCUUUACGUCUGGUUCUACGGGUAAACCGAAAGGGGUGGUAAUUGAGCAUCGUUCAUUUGCUACUAGCGCCCGAGCUCAUACUGCCGCCUUUCAGCUCAAAUCCGAUUCUCGAGUUUUACAGUUUGCCUCAUACGCAUGGGAUGCUAGUAUCGCCGAGCAUUUAUCUACGCUGAUUGUAGGAGGUUGUGUCUGCAUCCCAUCCGAAACACAGCGACAGGAGGACCUUGCGAAAGUAGUAGCAGCAUAUCAAGUGAACUGGAUGUUUCUAACACCUUCUAUGUGCAGGAUAUUGGAUCCAUCCAAGUUCAAGACGCUAAACACACUGGUUGUUGGUGGAGAUAUUAUUACUCCUAAGGUGCUGGAUUUGUGGCGGUCCCAUGUUAAUCUGCACCUGGCAUACGGGCCCUCUGAGACCUCAGUCUUUUGUUCAAGUACUCCUCCUGUGACUAACGAUAUGGACGAUGGCCGUAAUCUAGGCCACCCGUUUGGUUGUAAUAUGUGGAUUGUGAGCCCAGAGGAUCACCACAAGCUCCUUCCAGUAGGCGCUGUGGGCGAGUUAUUGAUUGAGGGGCAUAUCGUAGCCCGCGAAUACUUGAAUGAUCCUGCCCGAAGCAUACUGGUUUUUGUUUCACAUCCUACUUGGCAUUCAAGCUUCCGUGAACCUGGCAACAGCCGAUUCUAUAAAACUGGCGACUUGGUCCGUUAUACCGAUGGCGGCGCGCUUCAAUUUGUGGCGCGAAAGGAUUUACAGGUCAAACUGCGUGGCCAGCGAAUUGAGUUGGGUGAAGUGGAACAACACCUUAGCUGCGCCUUCCAGGAGGCCAGCGACGUAGUAGCGGAGAUUAUCAAGCCAACAAGUGGUCAUCCAAUGCUCGUAGCAUUUGUCUGCCUGGCUCGAGAAGGUAGCGUUGAGAAGACGGAUGCCAAGGUGCACUCUUCGGCUCAGGUUUUACUCCUUGGUGCCAGUGAACAGUUUUGCAUGAUGGCCCGGGUAGCGGAACAACAGCUAAGCAAUAAUAUCCCGGCUUUCAUGGUACCGUCUGUCUUCUUACCCAUCCGAUAUGUUCCUCAGACCCCCAACAACAAAACGGAUCGGCGGCAGCUCCGCGAGGCGGUCAUGGCUUUAAGUUCUGACGGCCUUGAAAGGUACAAUUAUCUUGGCACUUCUAAGGAACAGCCAUCGACGGAAGGCGAAACUUUACUGCAACGAGUAUGGGCGCGAGUUUUGAAUAAGACUGUAGAGAAUAUCGGCGUUCAUGAUAGUUUCUUUCGUCUUGGGGGAGACAGCAUUAGCGCCAUGCAGGUGGCAUCACAAUCUAGCUCCGCUGGCAUGAGCAUCACGGUGGCAGAUAUCUUUCGUUGCAAAACUAUCUCACAACUGAGCCUGUUAAGGAACAAAAGUGUAUCUGCAGUUCACCCACCCGAAGUCACGAAUUCGCCGUUUUCCCUCUCGCCUAUUCAGAAUUUGUUCUUUCAGGUUUCACCCCAAGGCCAUAACCAAUUCAACCAGGACUUUUGUCUCCGAUUAACGCAGUCUGUGUCAUCGGAUAAAGUGGCAGAUGCCGUUCACCAGAUCGUCCGAACCCAUUCUAUGUUCCGGGCACGCUUUAUCAAAGACCACAAUGGCAACUGGUUACAAACCAUUGGGACCGAUACACCUGGAAGCUAUCAUUACCAAGAAAAUUCUGCCAUAUCAAUGGAAGCUGCGGAUGCGAUUUUCGUUUCGAGCCAGAAGAGACUAGAUAUAACAAAAGGUCCCAUCGUAUCAGCUAACCUGAUCAACGUUAGAGAGCAACAAUAUCUCUUCUUAGCAGCGCAUCAUCUUGUGGUCGAUUUAGUAUCAUGGCGGAUUGUUAUAGGCGAUUUAGAGGAUUAUUUGACGACUGGGGCGAUCUCUAUCCCGCCAUCUUUGCCUUUUCAAACCUGGUGCCGACUACAGGAAGAGUAUGCCAUACUGAACCUGGCUCCAGAAGGGUCGAAGCUUCAUCAUCCAGCGCCAACUAUUCCUUCGGGUGAUUAUUGGGGAAUUCCUGGGAAAACGAAUUUGCUUCAAGAUGCUAUCGAAAGUGGCUUCGCUUUGGACGAACAAACCACAUCAUCAUUGUUUCACGAGGCUAACAGUGCUCUCCGGACACAGCCAGUGGAACUCUUCCUGGCAGUAAUCUCACAUUCAUUUGCGCAGACGUUUAGCGACCGACCUGUUCCAGCUGUUUGGAACGAGGGGCAUGGCCGCGAACCAUGGGCUUCCAAUAUAGACGUCGCUAGGACCGUCGGCUGGUUUACCACCAUGUGGCCACUAUAUAUCCAGAUCACCAAGCCCGAUCUUUUUGAUAUAGUUCGUCAGACCAAAGACAAACGUCGGAGUGUACCGAGUAAUGGAUGGGCACACUUCACGUCUUCUCUCCACCCCAAGGCCCAAGGAAUAUUCAAAGAGGAAUCGAGAGAGAUCUUAUUCAACUAUGUUGGGCAGUAUCAGCAGCUUGAGCGUUCCGAUUCGCUUUUCCAGUCGGUCACAAGGCCCGCGACAUCGGACGUUGCUAGAGACAUGCAACGGUUUGCUCUUAUCGAGAUCUCGAUAUCACUGAAGGACAAUUGCUUACACUUUGACUUCAACUACAACAAAUACGCUGCUCAAAAUCGCCCUAUUCGUGACUGGAUUUCCACUUGUGAGCGAUCGCUCAAAUCGAUAGCAAUGGAUUUUCCCUCGCAGGCGCCGGAGUUCACUCCUUCGGACUUUCCACUUAUGUCCUUCGCUUACGACACCCUAGACACUUUUCUUACAUCAGCAUUGCCCCAGUGCGAUAUCUCAAGCACAGAAAUCGAAGAUAUAUAUCCAUGCUCACCAAUUCAGCAGGGAAUAUUGCUAAGCCAAGCCAAAGAUGACAAAUUUUAUCAAACUCUUAUCAUCUGGAAAGUACAAGCUCAAGGAACGUCCCGGCCGGUCAAUAUCGAACGCGUGAUUAAAGCGUGGCGCGGGCUUGUUGCCCGCCAUACAAUUUUUCGCACAGUGUUUGUCAGGAGUGCUGCUGAUGCCAACUACGUCGACCAAGUUGUGCUUAAAAGACCGUUCGCCGAAGUGUGUGUGGUUUCAUCCGAUGAAGAAAAUAGCAUGAUGGCGCUUCUCUCAGAGCAGCGCCAGCUAGUUUUCGCUUACGGUGAACUUCCUUAUCGGUUCAGUGUCGGCCAGACACCAACAGGAGAUGUCCUAUGUUCCCUCGAAAUCAAUCAUGCUAUCUUUGACGGCACAGCAAAGCAGAUUCUGCUUCGCGAGCUCCAGCUGGCUUAUGAAGAUAGUCAUCUUUUAGCUCCUCCCGUACCCUACAAGGAAUAUAUUUCAUACCUUGCCAAUAUUUCAGAAUCAUCAAACAAAGCUUAUUGGGCAACGUAUCUGGAGGGCGUCACUCCUUGUCUUCUCCCAACGACUAUCAAUGAGACACAACUUGUGGAGGAUAAAGACAUGCAGGCAAUUAGUGUCGACGUAGGGUUGGCCUCGAAUCUACGGUCAUCAUGCGAUCACUAUCAACUGACCCUAUCCAACUUGUUCCAAGUCGCAUGGGGACUUGUUUUGAAGUCAUAUGUCGGCUCAGAAUCCGUUUGCUUUGGGUACUUGAAUUCAGGCCGAGACAUACCAAUUCCUCGAGUCGAAGAUGCAAUAGGGCCAUUCAUCAAUAUCCUUGUCUGCCGCAUGGCACUGCCCAGCGAAACUUUAUUGAUUGACGCAAUGCGAGAGUGCCAGGCCGCAUAUAUAGGGGCCAUGGAACACCAAAAUUACCCCCUGGCUGACAUGAUCCGUAUGGCCGAUCUGCCCGCCGGCGGUUCCUUGUUCAACACAGCCAUGUCCUUACAAAUCACGAGAGAACCCGGCGUGGAGGAUAAAUCCUCCGUGGGUGUGGAGGUGGUUGGAGGAGAAGAUCCUUCAGAGUAUGAUCUUACGGUCAACAUCGUUGUUGGGGUAGACCGCAUAGAUGCUACGCUGUCGUAUUGGAAGUCAAAAAUUGCUGAAGAGACGGUUGAAAACAUCGCAGACACCUUUCGCCAAGCCAUUCACGAAUUAAGCCAUAAUGCCAAUGCUCCUAUUAGUCAUGUUCCGAUGCUUGGCGAAAAUGGCCGCAAGGUCUUGCAAGAAUGGAACCAGAAGCUGCCUAUACCGGUUCAUAGCCGUGUGGAAGAUUUAAUACACCGACGAUGCGUAGCAAUGGCUGAGUCACCUGCUAUAUAUGCUUGGGACGGUGAAUUUACGUAUGGAGAAGUCGACGAGUUAUCUUCUACCCUGGCAAAACACCUUGCCCAGUACAAUGUUAUGCCAGAAACGUUUAUCCCUAUUUGUCUCGAGAAAUCUCGCUGGACAACGAUUGCAAUGAUAGCAGUAGCUAAGGCCGGUGGGGCUUUUACCCUCCUAGAUCCCUCACAGCCCGUCCAGCGUCUACGUGAGAUCUGUAACACUGCAGAGGCUAGAGUAGUUAUAUCAUCUGAACGUCAGGCUAGUAUGGCUGCUACCUUUGCCCGAGAACUUGUUAUCAUCGGCGAUAACCAGAAAGAUUGGAUUGCCACCGCAUCGUAUGAUCGACUGGAAGAUACACCACGAGUGGAAGUAUCCCCCCAAAAUGCCCUAUACGCCGUCUUCACCUCGGGUUCUACCGGAAAGCCAAAGGGAGUCAUCAUCGAACAUCAAGCCUUUGUGACCAGCGCAAUAGAACACAGCUUAGCGCUGCAUAUGAACGAAACAUCUCGCGUUCUUCAAUUUGCAUCAUAUGCCUUUGACGCAUCGGUUGCCGAAAACCUUACCACGCUUCUGGUGGGGGGGUGCAUCUGCGUUCCCUCUGAUAUUGAGCGCAAUGAUCUUUCUGUAGCUAUUGCUAGAUUGAGAGUCAACUGGGCUUUCUUCACGCCUUCGAUGGCCAGAAUCCUGAACCCUGUGGAUCUCCCAUCUUUGCAAGUCAUGAUUAUCGGCGGAGAGUUGAUUUCAGAGAAAGAAUUGAAGUUGUGGCAAGAAAGUGUUGAUCUCUAUUUGGCUUAUGGCCCAUCCGAGUGUUCUGUCUUCUGUUCCGCAACUAAGAAAACUUCCAGCGGAACCAGUGGGAGAAACUUGGGAUUUAGUUUUGGCUGCCGAUCAUGGAUUGUGGACCAAAAUAACCAUCUGUCUCCUAUCGGUGCCAUUGGCGAAUUAUUGAUCGAAGGUCCUAAUGUCGCCCGUGGUUAUCUCAAGAAUCCCGAAAAGACGGAAGAAUCAUUUAUUCAGGCCCCCCCUUGGCUUGAGGAAUUUGGAUGCGACGAAUCGUCCCUCAUAUACAAGACUGGGGACUUAGUCAAAUAUAGCAAGGACGGCUCUCUAUACUAUAUCUCUCGCAAGGACACGCAAAUCAAGCUUCGCGGCCAACGCCUAGAAUUAGGGGAGGUUGAGCAUCAUGCACGACAAUGCUUUUCGGGCUUGAGCGAUGCAGUUGUCGAGAUAGUGACUAGAAAAGGACACCAGCCGAUUCUGGUUGCAUUCAUUUGUAUGCAAAAGCGCUCAUUACCCGCAGACCUUUGCAUACUAGCUGAAGCUUCCGAUGACUUCCGGUCACAGACUCAAGCAGCAGAGGUACAGCUGAGCCAAGUACUACCAACGUACAUGGUUCCAUCGCUCUUUUUGCCCUUGCAGUGCAUCCCCUUGAACUCGAGUGGCAAGGUCAACCGUCAGUUGCUGUGCCAGGCGGUAGAGGCGCUUUCUUCAAGUCAAAUUCUAUCGUACAGCGGACCUUUAGUUAAAAAGAGUCACCCUACAACAGACACGGAGCGAAUAAUCCAUACUAUCUGGGCAAGAGUACUCAAUAUAGGUCUUGAGUUUAUCGGUAUAGAGGAUGACUUCUUCCGUCUCGGUGGCGAUUCGAUCAGUGCAAUGCAGGUUGUAUCACAGUGUGCUGCCAAUCAAGUCAAUAUCAAAACAAAUACAUCAUUUGAUUUGUCGCCAGUUCAGCAGCUGUUCUUCGAUACUGCGCACAACGGACAUGACCACUUCAAUCAGAGCUUUUUCCUACGCGUCAGUCAAACAAUUGACCCAAAAAGGUUAUUCAGCGCCCUCAAUGAACUAGUGUCUCUUCAUCAUAUGCUUAGAGCACGAUUUCAGAAAACGAAUAACUCCAAGGACGUCAUCGAUUGGGAACAGGUCGUUCCCCAAAGUGUGGAAGGCACUUUUAGAUACAAAACACACCAAAUAACAUCUGUGCAAGAAGGGGGACAAAUCUGCCUCUCUAGCCAGAAAGCGAUACGUUUUGUGGACGGACCCGUUUUCUCGGUCGAUCUUCUCAAUACUGCCUCUCAGGGCCAGUACCUUUUCCUCGUGGCCCAUCAUCUUGUUGUCGAUCUCGUGUCGUGGCGAAUUAUACUUGCAGAUCUGGAAGAACUUAUAGUAUCGGGAUCGAUUUCUGGGAGACCUUCACUGUCAUUUCAGGCUUGGUGUCAGCUCCAGGCUGCCUAUGCUGCUACUCAUCUAAGCCCAACAAAUUCGUACCCAGGUGAUAUUCCACGACCUCAAUUGGAUUACUGGGGGGUAGCUGGCCGAAGUAAUCUUGUUGGAGAUGCUCUCGACCAAGGAUUCACCCUUGAUGAGAGCAUAACCCGGACUCUUUUCGGGACUGCUAAUGACGCUUUUCAGACUCAGCCUGCAGACCUGUUCCAGUGUGCUCUACUACACUCCUUUAGACGGGCCUUUCAAGAUCGUCAAGCGCCAACGAUUUUUACAGAAGGGCAUGGUCGCGAGUCAUGGGACUCCAAUAUUGAUGUGACAAGAACUGUAGGCUGGUUUACGACAAUGUGGCCUACAUAUAUCGAAUCCCACGACAUUUUAGAUAUCCUUCGCGAAACCAAAGACCAUAGGCGGAGGAUACCGAAGAAUGGAUGGGCAUAUUUCUGCUCCCGAUACCUGAGCCCCGAAGGCCGUGCCGCCUUCCACCACGAGGGGCCUGCAGAAAUUGUGUUUAAUUUCACAGGGCUAUAUCAACAAUUGGAACGAUCUGACUCCUUAUUCUUAGCUACCGACACCUUUGAAAACGAGAUCCUCGAUGUAGAGAAUGAUUCGCCACGUUUUGCACUUAUUGAUGUAGCUGCCACUGUGGUUGACCAUUGCCUGAGUUUCAGCUUCUUUUCUAAUCGCCAAGCUGCCGCAAAACGUCCAAUUGAUCAAUGGAUCAUUGGUUUCGAGCAGUCACUAUGCGAAUUAGCGCAGAGGCUGCCGCAUCAACCGCCAAGCUCUACUCUGUCAGACUUCCCGCUUGCAUCAUUCAAUUAUGCCACGCUGGAUAGAUUCCUAGGCGAGACGCUGCCAGAGAUUGGGUUGUCUAAUAGUCAGAUUGAGGAUGUCUACCCCUGCUCGCCCAUCCAGCAAGGCAUGCUACUGAGUCAACUGAAGAGCGCCCUUGCCUAUCAUAAUCGAUUCAUCUUCAAAGUUACAUCUUCCCAAGGGAGUUCUAAUCUCGAUAUGGAACGUUUUAUUCAAGCAUGGCAUCAGGUGGUUACUCGCCAUGCCAUUCUAAGAACGUGCUUUGUUGAUAGUCAGUCCAAUCGAGGCCACAGGGAUCAAGUUGUUUUACGGUUUGUCCCAGAAGAUAUCAUUACGAUUCUGCCAACCGUAGAGGAGCCUAUCCAAGCGCUAAAUAUUCAACCAUCGAAAGCGUCAUUUGAGGGAAAGCCUUGGCACCAUCUCACCAUUUGCAGUUCUCAAAGUGGCGAACUCUUAAUUUUGCUGGAAAUCAAUCAUGUUCUACUUGACGGCACUUCACUACAUAUACUGGUGCGAGACUUACGCCUUGCCUACGAUAAAGCCUUAUCAUCCGGACCCGGACCAUCUUAUCACAACUAUAUUGAGUACCUUCAAACUAUCCCGUUGAACGUGGCUAAAGAGUACUGGACCAGAUAUCUUAGUGGAAGUGACCCCUGCAUUCUCCCAACCUCCUACCCAAAUGACACGCGACCAAGUCUUCAAAGAAUGCAAGCCCAUACUUUUAAUCUGGGGACAGGUUCUGAUCAACGCAAGCUAUGUGCGGAUCACGGGUUGACACUGUCCAACCUUUUCUAUGCUGCUUGGGGAUUGGUUUUACGAGCAUAUACCGGAUUGGAAGAUGUCUCCUUCGGUUAUCUCACCUCCGGCCGUGACAUCCCAAUCCACGGAAUUGCAGAGGCAGUGGGCCCAUACAUCAACAUGCUUUACGACAUAACGUUGAAUGCGUGGCUGGAAGACAACAGCAUCGAAAUCUCUAUGAAUUACUGGACUUCAUUUAUGUCAGAGGCACAAGCUACCAUGGUGGCUGAUACUUUCAAGCAAGCUGUCUCGGAACUCACACACAAGGCUAACGAGACAGUCAACGAUCUAGAUCUGUUUGGUGCAGGAAGUAGAGACCAGGUUUCAAAAUGGAAUAGCGAAGUACCUGCCCGAAUCAACAAGUGUGCACACGACAUUAUCUAUGAGCGUUGUCUGGAUCAGCCAGAUGCACCUGCGGUCUGCUCUUGGGAUGGCAAUUUUACCUACUCAGAACUCGAUGCCCUUGCCUCAACGCUAGCAAGUCACCUCAUUCGGAAGCAUGGAAUUGGCGAAGAGAUUUUUGUGCCUGUCAUUUUCGAAAAGUCCCGUUGGACAACGGUGGCUAUACUGGGUAUUCUUAAGGCUGGUGGUGCCUUCAUUCUUCUGGAUCCGUCCCAUCCUCUCCAGCGGCUGCAAGAUAUCUGUCAAGAUGCGAAUGCUACGCUGGUAAUUGCUUCAGAGAUAAAAGCUCAUCUCGCCACUAGCGUAGCUACUAAGGUAGUAGCUAUUGGUGACCAUGAAUUUGGCUGGAGAACAGACAUGGAGGCAAGCAUUGUCUCUUCAGUGACACCCGAGAAUUCAAUAUACGCAGUCUUUACUUCCGGCUCCACUGGGAAACCGAAAGGGGCCGUGAUAUCUCAUGCUUCCUGGUGUACUAGUGCUGAAGCAAACCAAAUUGGGCUAUACUUGGAAAGGGGUUCACGCGUUCUACAAUUCGCAUCGUACGCGUUUGAUAUAUCCAUCGCGGAUAUACUCCUCACUCUUUCAUCUGGUGGCUGCAUCUGUAUUCCGUCUAACGAGGAACGCGAAGGCAAUAUCACUAGGGCAAUAAGUAGGCUUCAGGUGAACUGGGCUUGUUUAACGCCGUCUGUUGCCCGGAUCUUGGAACCAAUCGCUUGCCCUAGUCUAAAAAAGCUUGUGCUUUGUGGAGAAGCAAUCGCUCCCGGGGACAUUACCCAAUGGGCACCCAAUGUGCAUCUUUUGAACCUUUAUGGACCAGCUGAAUGUGCAAUCUUAACGACUCUCAAUCGUUCAGUGCAUGACAAUAGAGAUCCAAACAACAUUGGAUUCCCAACAAGUUCUGUUUGCUGGAUUGUUAAUCCACAAGAUUAUGAGAGGCUGGCUCCUGUUGGAAGUAUUGGCGAAUUGAUUGUUGAGAGUCCCAUUGUGGGCCGUUGCUACCUGAACGAGCCCGUCAAAACGGCGGCAUUAUUUUUAGAAUGCCCAUCAUGGUUACGUGAAAUGCGUCCUUCGGCAACUGGACUAGUUUACCGAACAGGUGACCUAGUCCAAUAUCUGGAAGACGGAUCUAUGCGGUAUAUUGGACGCAAAGAUACCCAAGUCAAGCUCCGAGGUCAGCGUGUUGAGCUUGGUGAGGUAGAAUAUCACCUACGCGAGUCGUUUCCAAAUGCUCAGGAUGCUAUCGCUGAGGUCGUGAAGCCCACUGAAGGCAGCCGGCCACCGGCCCUCGUGGCAUUUAUCGCUCUCAACAAUAAGACUGAGGCCACGAACGAUGAUUCUCAGAUUUUUGGCACUCCUGAUGAUUAUUUCAAGAAGGGCAUUAUAACGACGACGAUGAAGCUCGAUAUCGUUCUUCCAGUCUUUAUGGUUCCGACCAUCUUUAUUCCUAUAGACUACAUCCCACUAACAAAAACUGGGAAGACGGAUCGCCGGACUUUAAGAGUUGCAGCAGCUUCACUCACUCGGGACCAGAUUCAAUUUUACACUUCCUUGAACGUGGUAAAGAGAGCACCAUCAACUGUAGAAGAAGGAAAGUUCCUAAGCUUAUUUGCUGAUUUAUUCAGCCUUGACGCUGUGGACGUUGGCGUUGAUGAUCACUUCUUCCGACUCGGAGGGGACAGCAUCAUGGCAAUGGUCUUAAUUCCCAUGGCUCGAGACGUAGGCUUUGUCAUCGAAAUGGCCGACGUUUUUAACCAUCCUAAAAUCUGCGAUUUAGCACUUGCUUCCAGACCACUCACCACCGAGAAAGAUUAUACAGUCGCUCCAUUUACCCUGAUUCAGGAUGUGCCGAUUAGAGAGACUAUGAUAAUGACCGCGGCAGACAGAUGCCAAGUGUCAGCCAGCCAAGUCGAGGAUAUUUAUCCAUGCACGCCAUUGCAGGAAGGCCUCGUAGCCUUGGCCAUCAAGAAACCUGGGAAAUAUAUUGCAACUUUCGAGUAUGAGAUCGCAGCCGAUAUUUGUCUUGAUCAAUUCCAGACUGCAUGGAAUGCGACUGUUACAGCAAAUCCUAUUCUCCGCACCCGAAUCGUCCCAUUUGAUUCAGGCACCUUUCAAGUUGUUGUUGGAAAGAGCAUCGUUUGGAAUUUUUAUGAUACUGAAGUGUCAUACACAAAAUUAGUAAAGACUCUUACUAUGGACAUGGGGGAAGAACUGGUGCAUUUUGGAGUGAUCAAAUCAGAGGCAAAUUCCAGGAAAGGCUUCAAGUUCCAUCUCACUCUCCAUCACGCCUUGUACGAUGGCUCUUCGCUCUCCCUGCUUUGGAGCCAAGUACAAAAAGCUUACCACAAAGAACCACUACUGACAAGACCCUUUAAUCGAUUUAUCGAACAUAUUCUACCAACAAAAAGCAACGAAGAUUUCUGGAGAUCCGAAUUCGCCGAUUUGAGUGCUCCAGUCUUCCCGGUUUUGCAAUCUCCGUUGUUCAUCCCAUCACCAACCUCUUCUCUCAGCCAUGUCAUCUCUGAUUUCAACCAUACAAUGACUAACUACACCACAUCCACACUGAUUCGUAUGGCCUGGGCUAUAAUCAUGUCUUCCUAUACCGAUUCCGAGGAUGUCGUGUAUGGGCUUACUGUUAACGGCCGCAGUGCCCCACUUCCUGGGAUUGAAGAUCUUACUGGUCCAACCUUUGCCACAUUUCCCGUGCGUGUACACGUCCGUCCGGGUGAUUCUGUCGGAGCCGCGUUAUCGUUAGUUCAACAGAAAGCCAUAGAUAUGAUCCCAUUUCAGCACUGUGGCUUGCAAAAUAUCCGCCAGUUCAAUGAAAACACGGCUGCUGCAUGCAGCUUUCAAUGUCAUCUAGCGAUUCAAGCGCCAGCAAGAUUUGGAGACGCCGGGAUUUUCUCCAGCGUGCAAAGUAAACACGAAGAUUAUGGAGCUUUUGCCAAUUACGCCUUCGUGAUAAUAUGCCAUCUUCCCGAAAGGAGUCAACCAAAUGACAUCAUUGUCUCGGUGAGUUACGAUGAGCGUGUUGUCCAGCCUUUAGAAGCUACGAGGAUGGUGCAACAGUUCGAGCACGUUCUUCUUCAAUUGUCGGAUGGUCAAUUUGAGAAUCGCCAACUCGACACUCUCGAUCUCCUUAGCCCGCAGGACCGACAACAAAUAGCAGAUUGGAAUUCGGUCGUGCCAUCCUCCCAUGAGGCUUGCUUGCAUGACUUAGUUCUGCAGCACUCUAUACACUCACCCAACUCUCCCGCAAUCUCCUCUUGGGAUGGUCACAUGACAUUUAGAGAAUUGAAAUUCGCAUGUUCUUCACUGUCACAGCAUCUUGUGACCCUCGGGAUUCAGCCAGGGCUUUUGGUGCCGUUAUGCUUCGAGCGCUCAAAAUGGUCCGUCAUUGCUAUGAUAGCAGUUCUUCAACUCGGAGCUGCCUGUGUUUGCUUAGAUCCAGCCCACCCCAAAGCCCGUAUACGAGAUAUAUUGGACCGCACCAAUGCUAAAUAUAUUAUCACGUCGCCAUUGAAGCAGCAUAUUAUGGCCGAUACAGACGCUACAAUAGUCACUAUCCCUGUCUCGGAUGCAAAGGCAACAGUGGGCGAGUUUUCAGCGCCUCGUGUCACUCCCCACGAUACAGCUUUUAUCAUCUUUACAUCUGGUAGCACUGGGAUGCCCAAAGGCAUAUUAAUGGAGCAUGCCAACCUAGCCACCAGCAUUCGCCACUAUAGCAGUAUGAUGCGCAUCAAUCAGGAGACUCGUGCUCUUCAUUUUGCUAGUUAUGCCUUUGAUGCUAGCAUAUAUGAGGUCUUCGGAACUCUUGUUAAUGGUGGUUGCAUCUGCAUACCCUCUGAGUUUGAACGCAUGAAUAGUAUUGUUCCUUUCAUUAAUGAGCAUAAAGUGAACUGGGCUGUAUUUACACCUUCCCUUAUCACUUUGAUACGGCCCGAGAGUAUCCCUGGAGUGCGGACCGUGGUUCUCGGAGGUGAGGCAGUAACUCAGGAGAACGUCCGCAUCUGGGCCUCUAAAGUAACCCUGAUCAAUGGCUACGGCCCUGCUGAGACAACUAUCUGCGCGGUCGGCCCGCUUCCCGAGGUUGGUUGGAAGCAAGGGACUAUUGGACAGGUCACUGGCGGUAUGGGAUGGAUCACCAUGCCAAAUGAUCCUUCACGUAUUGCUCCUAUUGGUGCAGUAGGAGAGCUCUUAAUCGAAGGAGCCGUAGUCACCCCUGGCUACCUCAAUGAUACCGAGAAGACUGAAGCGGCAUAUAUCGUCAGCCCGCCUUGGCGCUAUGCGUUUCCAUCCGGGCUUGGUCAGGGAAAGUUAUACCGAAGCGGGGAUCUCUUCCAGUAUAAUUCAAACGGAACAUUUCGCUACGUUGGCCGUAGAGAUACCCAGGUGAAGCUACGUGGUCAACGAAUCGAAUUGGGUGAGAUCGAGGAAAAUUUGAGACAGCUAUUUCCAGAUGCCCUUGAUGUUGUCGCUGAAGUUGUUAUUCACCAGAACAGUCCAUCUAUCAUGGCAUUCAUUGCGAAUGCACAUGUUUCUACCACCAGCGGUUACCCCGACAGAAGUGGGUUGUUUAAAGAUCUAUUCAGUGUUCCUGACGAGGGUUUCUUGACUCGCGUUAAUGCAGCAACUGUCAAACUUCGCCAAUCACUUCCUAGUUACAUGGUGCCAGCAGUUUUCCUACAAGUACUGGAUAUUCCACGAAAUACAAGUGAUAAAGCAGACCGGAAAGGACUGCGCGAACAGGCUGCCGCCCUCUCUCGUGAGCAGAUUCAGCAGUUCUCCACUUUUGCAUCGAUUAAACGGGAGCCAAUAACGGAGAAGGAAAAAGCCGUGCAAAGCCUUUGGGCAGACCUCUUCAAAAUUCCGUCGGAGCAGAUCGGGGCAGAUGAUAACUUUUUUCAUCUGGGAGGAGACUCGAUUAUCGCUAUGAGACUGGCAAUGUUUGCCCGUCGCCAAGGAUUGCGCCUACCUGUAUCGUACAUCUUUGACCACCCAGUGCUUUCCGAUCUAGCUACUUUUAUUGGUGACUUAUCAUCUAAUGGUCCAACUUCAGAGUACCGUCCUGGAUCAUUGCUGUUAGGCAUUACCGACUUGGAGUCAUUUGCGACGCAAAAUCUAGCAGCAUCAUCUCUACCAUUCGAAACCUCGAACGUUAUUGAUAUCUUGCCCACCACUGAAGUUCAGAGCCAGCUUCUCGAAGCGAAAAAUGUCACCUAUAGCCGUCUCUAUCUACCCACGCACGUUGAUCCGGAGCAAAUUGAAGCGUCCUGCCGUGCUAUUGUUCGCAAGCAUGCUAUCCUUCGUACUAUAUUUGUUCCUUAUCAGUGCGAUAUUCUUCAGGUGGUCUUGCGAACUAUCGACUUUGAAAUGUCGAGGCUUCAUUGUGAUGAGGACGUGACGGACUUCUCGGAGAAGAUAUGUUCUCAAGAUUCUGCCACUGAAAUUGAUUUUGGCACUCCUCAUUUCUGGCCUUUUCUAAUAUCCCGGUCCGAGUCGGAGCACAUGCUCGUCCUCAGAAUGACACAUGCACAAUAUGAUGGAGGAUCAUUUCCAUUGAUUUCCAAAGACUUUACUUCCGCAUAUAACAACUGCGCGUUGCAUAUCUCUCCACUCUCUUUCGCGCAAUAUUUGCAAUUCCGCACAGCUCAGAAAACUCCCGGGACGUACGAUUUCUGGCAGCAAUACCUUUCUGGAUCUCAGAUGAUCGAUAUUCGCACAAAAAGUGUACUACCCCAAGCAGACUUUCAAGAUGAGUUUUUAGUGAAGCCAUUGAGAGAUAUCCCAGUUCCCUCUACUCCUGAAGGGAUAAGUAUGGCUUCCCUCGUCAAAGGAGCGUGGUCUAUUGUUCUAGCAAAAAUGACAAAGCGACCAGACGUUGUAUUCGGCAACAUCAUCAGCGGACGAGAUGCGCCAUUGGAGGAUAUCGAGACUGUUUCGGGCCCUACCGUGACCAAGUCUCCCUUACGAGUAACCUUUCAGAGAAACUGGACAUUUAAAGACUUGCUGCAUCACGUCCAAAUCCAAUACACUCGCACUAUGCCAUUCGCCAACAUAGACUUCAAGGACAUUGUGAAGCAUUCAACAACAUGGUCGCCCAAGACAGAUUUCAGCAGCGUUGUCACUCACCAAAAUGGAAAUUUCGAUCUGACUUGCUCGAUAAAUGGCGUGACAUCACAAUGGAAGAACUUGGACUUUGGGAUACCAACCAACUUUAACGUGGUCACCUAUCCGAACGAGGGCCGCCUCUACAUCCAGUUCGCUGUCUCGAGCAAGACGAUCGGGCUAGAUGCUGCGAACGAAAUGAUCGACGUGUUAUGCAAAACCAUUUCUGAAAUCUCAGAAAAUCCAAUGCGAGACCUUUACUCUCUAGAUUCAUUUGGGGCGGCGUUGGAGGAUUAG